CGGAGCGCGAGAGAGACGCUCAGUAUCUCUCUCAAAACAACACAGUAGUUCAGUUAGAAAAGGACAGGACAGGACUCCUAGUCUCCGUCAUAGUUUAUUAUCGUCCUCUAACUGUUCCUUAUUUAAUAAUGUUGAGUUUAUGGUGCGAGGGAGCAUAUAAAAUGUGGUUGGAGAUACGCGGACUGACAGGAAAAGUAACAGGAGUUUCAGUGUAAUGAAGGACAGUUGAGGGCUGAGCUUUACAGGCCAUGGGCUCUAGGGUGGUAGACGCAGGCAGACGGUGUGUGCGCCUGGCCGACGCAAAGCUGCCCUACACUUUCUUGCUCCUGCUGCUCUUCAGCAUAGGAGGUCUGCUGUUCCUGUUGCACCUACAAGACCUCACAGAAACCCUUCACGAGCAGAUUCCAGAUGUAAAGCUCAUGUUCCCCCACGGGCAGCCGUUACCAUGCCCUCAUUGUCCAGACAAUAACUCCUGGGCCUUUAGUCCAACACAAGCCAAACAGAUUCCUGUCCAACCAACUGAACGUAGGACUAAUCAGUCCAUUGCCAUUCCCCUCAGAGGAGCCCCUGCCGAAAUCACGAAGAACCAUCGCAAGCUUCUCCUGAAGACCUCAACACCCGUUCAGCAGCUCAGCAGCACUACUGCUGGUCAUGCUGCCAAUGAAACCGAAAGACUGAUCCAAAGACAGCAGUCACGCCAAAAGCUAAUGCAGGAGUUUUGUUCCAGAUCCAAAAGUCUUACAAAGACUGUAACCCACCAACAAGUGGCCCAUAUCUUUGUGGAGGACAGUCACAAGCUCCUGUACUGCGAGGUCCCCAAAGCUGGCUGCUCCAACUGGAAACGUGUGCUGAUGGUCCUGCAGGGCAAGGCAUCCUCCCCCAUGGAACUCCGACACGAACAGGUGCAUUAUGGGAAUUCUGUAAAGGGGCUGGUCACCUUAAGUCACAAGGAGAUUCUUCAUCGCCUAAAUACUUACACCAAAGUGCUUUUCGUUAGGGAACCCUUCGAGAGGCUGGUUUCAGCUUUCCGGGACAAGUUUGAGAGCCCAAACUUUUACUAUCACCCGGUGUUUGGGAAGCCUAUUAUUGCAAAGUACCGCACUGAUGCACAACCUGCAGAUCUGCUUACCGGAGACGGUGUGACAUUUAGGGAGUUCAUUCAGUACCUGCUGGAUGUUAAUCGCCCUGUGGGCAUGGACAACCACUGGGAGCUCAUGGGGAAGCUCUGCCACCCCUGCCUCAUAAACUAUGACUUCAUAGGCAAGUUUGAGACAAUGGACGAGGACGCCAAUUUCCUCCUGAAGCAAAUCAGGGCUCCUGCUAACCUAACUUUUCCCAAAUUUAAAGAUAGGAACCCAAAGGAACCGAGGACAAAUUGGCACAUUACACAUAAAUAUUUUUCUCAGCUCAACGCAACUGAAAAACAGAAACUCUAUGAUUUUUACUAUAUGGAUUAUUUAAUGUUCAACUAUUCCAAACCAUUAUUAGAUUUUUAAUAAGGAUUGCUCUGCUAAAUGUGUUCAUUUAUACAGUAAGAACUUUUAAUAUAUUGUUUGUCUACUGCUUGUUCUGUUUCAGUCUUUUCAUUUAAGAGUUCACCCUAUCAUCUGCUAGUGUUCAUUCUGAAUGUACUAAAGCCCUUGGUGGCUGGGAGUAAAAGUAAACAUUUUAGGCACUGUUAUAUGAAGGGGAAGGAAUGACACUGUAUCUUAUCAGUCAAAGCAACACUGGCCAAUCUCAUGAAUCUGUGAGGUGUAUGAAUGAAUGUAUUUUUUUCUCUAUAUUUGUUGGUGUGGGCAGAGGUGUAGGUUCAUGCCCUCUGUACAACAUUGCUUUAGAGGUUAUAUCCAAAUCUGUACCAUUUUAUACUAAUUCUUACUCAACAAAUUAUUGCUAUGUAAAGUUUACAUGAUUAAUGAAUGGCAUUCUUUUACAGUAGUUGUCACUUGUUCAUGCUAAGAGAUGCCUUUCCACUUUGAUACAAGUAUUUGUUAAAAGUAAUCACACACUUUGUAAUCACACACUCUAAUAUGUCAUCUUGUAUACCUCUCAUUUUAUUAUACACUUUGUGUAUCACAACAUUCCAUGUUGCUGUAACACACACACACACACACAUGGUUAACUGAGUGUGAGUGCAGAUAAACACAACAGUUGUUAAUAAUUCUGUCUGUAAUAAUUCUGUCUGAUGUGAUUCAGCUGGCUGUAGACUGUUCAGCUCCAUCCGUUGUGCAAAAUUAAUGUUACACUUUAUGUGAGUUGUAGAACCGAUGGUAUAUGUUCUCCAUGCCAAAUUAUAUAAUAAAAUUCAUUCUACAUUUAAA